AUGCGCGUCUUGAAGAUGAUGCAGCAAGGUUUCCCUAAGAUUCAGCGUAUCGAUAUCGACUUUAACCUUGUCAGUGAAGAAGAAAUGGUAGCGAUUCCAGAUGCCGCACAAUACGAUUCGGGAUCGGAAGUUGAGGAGGUUACAGUUGGCCAUAUUCAAGAGCUGCUCGAACAUGCUUUCCCCAAUGGUCUCACAGUUGCCGUCAUGACUGAUGCAUUGAGGACUACCACUGAUGAAGUGGAACGGUACUUGAAUGAACUGGAAGCUCUGGGAAUAGCUCGACGGGUUGAAGAUGAAUGGUUGAGGGUAGAUACACGGAAUGUAGACGCAGUAGCUCGAGCUCCUCAUGUGGUUUUUUUAAUGACCAGUUCAGGUCCGACAGAUCAACCAACUGUGGCAAUUGUUACCUGCCUUUUUGUCGAAAAACAGGCUGUUGAUGCUUUAAUUGAAGAUAGAUCGAUGGUACACAGAUACAAGUCUGGAGGUGACUCCAACAUCUACACGUUGGGCCGUAUCGGACAACACCGUGUUGUGGCUACGAAGCUCGCAUCUAUUGGUGAUUCUCGUGAAGCGAUCACUAGUGCUGGUUCCAUAACGACUAGACUUCUGGGAAAUUUCCAGAACAUCGAGCACGUAUUUGUGGUGGGCAUUGGUGGAGCUGUCCCUCAUUUCACGGAUGCGAAACGACACGCUCGCCUUGGGGAUGUUGUUAUCAGUGCGAGUAAACCGGAUGCUUAUAUUUACGCUCCAGAUCUCAUGAUUGAUAGAAAAACAGAGGCUUUCUCUGGAUUUUUGGUCAGAAGAUGGAACCCGGCGGAUCACGUAAUUGAACGGAUUGUAGCCGAUGGAGGUGACGAGUUGGUGUUCAAAUGGAACGAAGCUACUGAUGACGCUCUGAGACGUCUCAAUGAAACUAGUGGCGACUUCGACUUUUCAAUGCCAGCACCGGAAACUGAUGUACUGGCUUUACCUGUCGGUGGUGGUAACGUAGUGGUAGUUCCACAUCCGAACCAAGACACUAGGAAAGGGCCGGAGGUGCAUUCGGGCUCCAUAGGAGCGAUGGCUAACUUCAAACGGCAUGUUGAAGAGAAUGAGGAGUCUAUUGGAGCACUUCGUGCGAAGUUUGCGGAGCAGUUCGAGGUUCGCUGUAUUGACGCUGGUUUCGAUUCAGUGAUUGCUGCUAUUAAUGGAUCUCGAAUCGACUCAUGGGCUCUGAUCAGAGGUAUUGCUGACUAUCAACAUGGCCUGAGUCGCGCAAGUAGAAUGUGGCAAGCUCAUUCUGCUGCUAGAGCUGCAGCUAUGCUCCGUGUAAUAGUCGAGAGGUUGCCUCCACCGUAA